CUCCCGUGCUUAUAUGUUUGCCUUAAAAGCCAAUAAUUUGUGACAAUGUUGUGGAUAAAAACAAGCUAGUAGAGCUUUUACAGCUAUAGUUUGCACGAAUUUUACAGUAGUUACUGUUGGAAAAGUGCAACCACUGUUCUCUUUUUCUCUUCAAUAAUUUUACUAGAUAGUCCCCACAUGUAAGAGUUAAAGUUGGAAACCUCUUAACUUUAUGCGCAUAUAAUUAAUAAACAGGCUUCAGUUGAAAACUGUGGAGGCAAAGAGAAAAAAAGAUACAAUAAAAAACAUAUAUGGAGCAGAAAACAGAAGGCAAGUCUUACAUGAAGAGAGGUUUGUGGAAACCUGAAGAAGACAUGAUAUUGAAAAGCUAUGUUGAGACUCAUGGAGAAGGAAACUGGGCAGACAUUUCCCGUAGAUCCGGUUCGAUUCGAAAUUUUCAUAUUGUGCUUUGUUCGUUUACUCAGAAAACAGAACGUGGGACUUUUGGGAAACUAAGGAGUUUGUGUUUCUGCGUUGAUGUUUUUUCAGGGUUGAAGAGAGGUGGAAAAAGCUGUAGGUUGAGAUGGAAGAACUAUCUAAGACCAAAUAUCAAAAGAGGAAGCAUGUCACCUCAAGAACAAGACCUCAUUAUCCGCAUGCAUAAGCUUCUUGGAAACAGAUGGUCGUUGAUCGCCGGUCGCCUUCCAGGUCGCACUGACAACGAAGUCAAGAACUACUGGAAUACCCAUUUAAACAAGAAAUCCAGUUCCAGAAAACAGAAUGCACCUGAAUCAAUCGGCGCCACUAAUUUCACCGAUAAGCCAUUAAUGUCUACAGAAGUGAGAAGAAGCCAUGGAGAAGAAGGAGAAAGAGAAGGGAACGGUAUCGUAAGAAAUACCUGGAUGGAGGAGGAGACCAACAGCUUUGACUAUGACGUCCGCAUAGGAUCUCCACUGCCUCUCAUCUCCCACUACCCAGACAACACUCUUGUCUUUGACCCAUGUUUUGCCUUUACCGAUUUCUUUCCUUUGCUUUAGGACUUUCCUUGCUUUAUCUCGAGGGAUAAAUUCUUGCAUAGACUUUGUGAAUCAUUAUGGCUUUUAGUAAUACUAUUUUACAUUGUGGGACGUAGUCUACGCAAGAAAUUAAUCAUAAUUUACAAGUCCUAAUUCGUUGAGGGAUCCAUUCUUAUUUCUUACCUUUAUUAUCAACUGCAGCACAAUAC